AUGCCGAGUUUCUGGAACCGUUGGUCGCUCAGCGGAAGCAACGAUAUUCCCAAGCAGGACAAGAGCGUUCUGUCUGAUAUACAGUACGGCUCACAGAAGCUGGGUAGAUUGGGAAGUGCAAGUGGGCGAAGUCCCAAGGAGCCAGAUUCUCCCGUCGCGACUUCCCCGGUCGACGGACCGACCACCGGCGAGCAAACAACGCAAGAAACGCACCAAGACUUAAGCGGGCGUACAAUCCCUCUGCCACCACCACCUCCAAUCCCUGAGAGCGAGCCUCUCGAAGCACCGACUGGCCGCAAAUCUACAGAUUCACGUCCACACACCACGGGACGCAAGUCUUUUGAUCGUAUUCGGCAUUCGAGAAGGUCCUCCGAUCUUCAGCGUACGAACAGCAAACCAAGGCGUUCAGGCAGUAUGCGCCGUGCAUACAAUUACAUGUUUGGCGGCAGCCACGGCAACCAGAAAGAGCAGGCCGACGAUUCGGAUGCACAGACUAACAAGGAGAAUGUGAAACCUGAGAACGCUUCAAUCACGCGGGGCCCUCCGCCAACUUCAGCUUCAGCUGAGAAUGGAGAGCAUGACGUCUUUCACGAAGUCUCGGAAAUUCCCUCGGAAAGUUCGAAGAAGGCAGAACAGUCUCCUGAGAAGCUCAAGGAGGACCUAGCUUGGUACAAAAAAGAGUUGGAAGAGGCUGCCACCCUCAUCAAGUCUCAGCAUGAAGCUAUUGAAAAUUCUCACAAGAAGACAGACGAGCUUCAGAAAGAGUUCGAAGAGAAGAACGCCACGCUUCACCAACAAAAAAAGGCUAUCGAGGACCACAUGGUCUCCGUUGUUGUGCAGCAGGUAAAGGAGGCCAGAGAGUCCGAACGCAAAGCUGUCAUGGCAGAAUGCCAGCAGGAUUACUCGUCACAACUUGAGGAUAUGCGCAAAGCACAGAUGAGCGAAUCGAUGGCCAUGAUUCGAGACCGGGAUGCAGCGCGUGAGGAGCUAAAGUCUCUCAAGGCUCGCAACGUUGACCUUGAGAUGGCCAGCAAUGGCGAGCUUACCGCUCACAAGUCACGUAUUGGUGACCUAGAACGAGGACUCAUCGACAAGCAAGCUGCUCACGACGAGAUUUCUAAACAGCGGGCAGACCUUCACGUGCAACUGAACGAUGCCUCAGCCAAGAUCGCCGAUCUCGAAGCUGAUCUUUCCGAGACCAACAAUGUCAAAGCCGAAGUGGAAGAACUCCGCAGUCAACUCGACGAACUAAAACGGGAGCGGUCUACAUUUACAAAGGCUCUCGAGUCCACAAAGGCGAACCAUGGUGUCGUGGUAUCACAACUCACGACGCAGCACGAAAACUCUAAAGCUGCUCUUGCCAAUGCAGAAGCCUCCAAUGAGCAAAUCAAGGCCCAGAUGGCUGGCCUCAAGGAAGAUCUCUCAGAGCAGCUGAACAUCUUGCGCGCAGAAAGAUCCACGUUGAGUGAAGAGCUUGCUGCCGCCAAGGCUGCUGCUGAGUCUCUUACAACCGAGCAUACGUCUCAGGAAGAAACUCUCAAAGCCGCACUUGCCACCGCAGAGGAAUCAAAUCUCCAGCUCAAGGGCCAGCUUGAAGAGCUCCAAGCUAGUCUGGAGACAGCUGGUACCAGUUCCAAGGAUCAACUUGAAGCUUUCGAGUCACACAAGUUAGAGAGCCAGAAAGCGUUAGAUGUUGCCCUGCAAUCAUCUCAAGCUGCUACAGCAGAUUUAGCGAACAUAAAGGCAUCCCUCGAAGAAACAAAGGCCGCUUUGAAAGAUGCCCAAGAGCAACAUGAGCUAGUAAAAUCACAGCUCGCUGAAAAGGAUGAUGCCCACGGCAAGGCUCUAGCAGUGCUUGAGGCUGAUCUUGCAACCCAUAAAGAUCAUCGCGACCAACUCCUUUCAUCCUCUGAAGAGAAAGCAGCCGCUAUUUCCAGCCUUACCACCGAUCGGGAUGAGCAAGCUAAGGCACACGAGGAUGCGAAGUCGAAGAUUGCUCAACUUGAAUCGAAGCUCUCAGAGUCUGAUGCCGUCGUUGCUGAGCGGGACUCCCUUGUACAAGGUCACGACGCAACGAAAGCACAGCUUGCAGAGGUGGUCAAAGAACGUGACGGAUUAUUGGAAACUCAUGCGUCGACUGAAGCUAAGCUGACGGAGAUCACUGCUAUGCUUGCUGAGGCCGAAGCUUCCCUUUCAGAACACAAAAGUGCUGCAGAAGCUAGCGAGCAGAAGCUUGCUGGCGUGACGGUAGAGCGAGAUGGACAUGCGGAGUCUCUUGAGUCUGUCAAGUCAGAGCUCGACAAACUUACCAUCGAACGCGAUGCCCAUGUCAAAGCUCACGACGCUACCAAGGUUCAGCUGGCGGAUUUAACAGCUUCUCGAGAUGCCAGUAUGGAGAAGGUCGAUGGCAUUAGGUCUGAAUUAGACACAAAAACAGCAAAGGUGGAGUCUCUCGAACAGAGGCUCGCCGAGAUGGAGAAUGAAAUAGCCAAAAGUGUUGCAUCACUUUCUACGAAGGACGAAGAGCUGAAGGAAGCUUUAAAAAGGACUUCCGACGUCGAAGAUGUUGCGAAGGAGCUAGAAGACCAGAAGGCUGCUGCUGCUACUCUCACAACAAACCUCGAAGCAACAAAAAAAGAGCUCGAGGCUGCGCAGACUGAGAUUACUGCGUCCAAGGUCCAAGUCGAAGAGCUUUCGAAGAUCGUGGAAGUGUCCAAGCUACAGGUUGAAGAGAAAGCUACCAGGACGACAGACCUUGAGAACGAACUUGCCAAUGCAAAGGUCAUCGAAAGCAAAUAUGCCGAGCUCCAGCAAGAGCAAGCCAGCUUGAAAGAAAAGCAUGAUGAGCUUCAAACAGCUGUCACGAAGGCUCAAGACCAAGAGAAGAUUGCUGCAGAAGGUCUUGUCUCCCGGGAAGCUGAGGUUGCAGACUUGAAGGCUGAGCUAGAAGUCCUCAGCUCCAAGCUACAGCAAGCUACGGAAGCGUCGAAAGAGGCCGAAUCGGCCGUAUUGCAGAUUAAGGACCUAAAAGCUAAGAAUGCUGAGCUUAACGCAACUCUCAUUUCCUUGCAAGAGAAGUCAACUGAGGCCGAGAAUGCAAUGAAAAUGUCCGAGGAAGCAUCUGCCAGUGCUAAAGCAGCUGAGGCAAAGCUCCUUGAAACUGAGGCCAAGAAUGCCGAACUUGUAAAAGCUCUGUCUGCCUCCGAGGAAGAGUCACAGAGUCACAAAAAAUCAUUGGAGCUAGCCGAGCAGAGUCAACAGGAAGCUCGUGAUACGGCAGAAAAGCUGAAGUCUGCUGAAGCUCGCACUGCAGAAUUGGAGACUGAACUUGCUUCGCAGAAGGCACUCUCAGAAUCAAAUGGCCAGACACUCAAAGAUCUAGAGAAGGCUCACGACGAUGCGCGCACAGAUUUGAAAGCUAAAAUCUUGGAGCUGGAGAAUUCUCACGAGCAUGCCACUCAACUAAAACAAUCUCUUCAAGAUGCUAGAGUUAGUCAUUCAGCUACCCAGGAGCAGCUUACUGCUCUUGAGGCUGCGCACACAGCAAGCUGGGAGAAGGUCGCCGCAGAUGUGGAGAAGACGAAGAAGCGUGAGACUGAGCUCCUUACCGAAAUUGAUCAGCACAAGAGCGAGAAAGACGCACUGCAAGCCAAGCUUCUAACUUUUGAUGAGAAACGCCACGACUCAGUCGUGCCUGGCCCGGUCGACGUGACUACUGAAACUGAAAAAGUGGUAGACGAGCCUAAAAUUGACCACACGGGAGAUACACCGUCGUCCGAUGAAGUUUCCCCAAGCACCGUAGCUCCCACUAAUGAAGAUGCUGUCACCGAGGAAACAGAUAAGUCGAAGACAUCUGAAGGUCCAUCAACAUUGCAGAAGCUCGAGGGCGCGGUGGAGUCUGCGAUAAAGGCGACCGUCGAUACGGCAAACCAUGCAGUCAGUGCCACGGAUGAGGAGACAUCGAAUGCUGCCGCAGACACCGACAAAGUCGUUUCCACAGGCGAAACUUCUACGAGUAAGACGAGUAGUGAUGAUGAGAAAGACUCUCCGCGACCUUCGCCACGUAAAAGCGUCUCUUUCAAGGACGAUACUCCUGGACAAGACACAGUCGAUAGCGAGACUGCGCCAGCAGACUCUGCGCCCAUGGCGGUCCAGGCAGACAGUGUUGAAGAGCCUCCCCAGGCAGUAAAUAUAGAGUCCUCCGAGGCUGAUGAGCCUACUGGCACCGCGACUGCAACUAAAGCUACUGGCGAUGAGGAAGAGGAGGGUGGAGAGGAAGAAGAAGACGAAGACUCCGCGCCUCCCACCCCGGGCGGUAAGGAGAACAGCGAUCCUUCGACGCCAGCACCGAAGACAAAUGGCAAUGCCAAAAAGAACAAGAAGAAGAGCAAGGGAAAGAAGAAAUGAGACACGAUAACACCAAUUAUGUAGUGACGCCGCAAUGCUCACGCACAGCAGAAAGAUGUCUCAUGGAGACUGAGGACAAUGACGAACUUGCAAGGAGGACUAGAGGUUAAUGUUGGCGAACGCACGGGUUCGAUAAUUGCACUCUGAUUCUUUACACUAUAUUUAAUGUUGCUUUGAUCGAUUGAUUGGCUUUCUUGUUUGCGUCUGCUAGAUACCAUCUCAUACCUGCGAUCAUGAUGGCUUGUAUUAGGACUUCGCAUCAAUGCACGCAUAGUAC